ACUUAUGUCAUUCAGAGGAUUUUAUUUGCGGAAGGGAAAGCAAGUUUAGUGGUUGUGCGGUCAUGUAAUCAUUUUUUAUGAUGUGUUGUGAGUGAAUUUGCGUUCGUUUAAUGCCAGUGUAUCUUAAAUUAUUAUGUUCUUGCUGGAAAGCUCCGUCAGUCAUGUGAAACUACCUAGAAGGUGACCGGUUAUUUCAACAUGGUGAAGUUAACUAUAGAUCUGAUAGCCCGUGGCACAUCGGGCUACACAAAGAAAAAACGAGAUGAAACAAUGCCACAGUAUCUGCGUCGUUUGACUCAUUUGUACCUUGAAGACAAAAACAUAGAUGAAGUGGGUGAAGAUCUGGCACUUUGCCGCAAUCUGAUCGUGCUGUAUUUGUAUGACAACAGUCUGGCCAAGAUCCCACUUCUACACCACAACUGUAACCUUACUCAUCUCUAUCUGCAGAACAACGGAAUUAGCAAGAUUGAAAAUCUCUCAUCACUUACAAGACUCACCAAACUGUAUCUGGGAGGUAACAAGAUAACAGUUCUCGAGGGCUUGGAAAAACAAGAACAUCUUCAGGAGCUUCAUUUUGAAAAUCAGCAUUUACCACCUGGAGAGAAAUUGCUGUUUGAUCCUCGUUCUCUGAGAAAACUAGCUAAAAGUUUACAAGUACUAAAUGUGUCUGGUAACAAUCUGGAUAGUUUCACCGAUUUGGAGUGUUUAAAAAACUUGAACCAGCUGAUGGCCACUGACAACAAUCUGAAUGACAUGAAAGAACUUGCUCAUAUUCUUGGUCAGUGGACUUGCAUGUGCCGCUUGGAGCUUAUGGGUAAUCCCAUUUGUCAUAAAGCAAAAUACAGGGACCGUGUCAUCAUUAUGUCCCAAAAACUAGCAGUUUUAGAUGGUAAGGAAAUAACAGAAACAUCCAGACAAUUUCUUCGUAACUGGCAUGCCAGUAAGGAAACCCAGAAGAAGAGACAUGACGAAUUUAUUCGACAGGGAAUGCCAACUGAGAUCUCAGAGCUAUCAGGUUCUAAGAGUUUUCCACAGAUGAAAGUGAAACCCAGGCCACUGGCAGAAGUCCCUGGCUAUCUCAUGCCAGGAUUACCACGUAAACAGUUUGAUGAGCUUUUAGCAAAAAACAGACUGGAUGACAAUGAUUUAAAGACAUUCCAAAGAGCAAACAAGACAAGAAGUGGAGUGUUGAGAACAAAGAACAUUUUUCUGGAUUUGUUUGAGAUACAGUGACCACUACAAUUUGUUCCGUGGUAUAUCCUCUGCACCAGCAAGGCGACCAAUCACCCUGACCAUAGAGGUCGCUGGUAGCAUCAACCCCACUCGUCACGUUCAUCUGACUUCUUGAACUGAAUUCAAUGUGCCAAUCAUCACUUGAUCCUUCUUUCCUUAUGGGUGUUUGUCAGUUUUGAUCAACAACAUCAAAAAAAUAAUGUUACAACAGAAUGUUCCAAAACUGCUUUGGAAACAUGAGGUGUAUAUUCAUUGUAGAGUGUUGGUUCUUCUGUGAUUUCGUUGGACAGCAUGGUCAAAUCAGCACUCUUGAGACUAAUGGGUGGAAAGUUGGAAAAUGGGUAGAAUUUGCAAUUGAAACAUAGUGGAAAGUGACUUUGAAUAGUCACAGAUGCUGUUUAAGUGGGAACUCUGCAUUAUAACAUCAUAAUAUUUAUAUUGGUCUGUGAUAUGACUGACAGUGUCAGGCUAAAUCAUUAUUUGCAAUUAGGGAUGUUCCAAAAUUGAUCACAAGCUGAGGUGGCAAUCAAAUUUUUUAAUAUCUACUAUUCCCAAAAUAAAAUUGUACUUAAACAAUUCAUACAGAGGGAAAAGAUGAAACACACUUGCCAGGCAUAAAAUAAUUUACAAAUCCUUUCUCCUCCUCCUCUCUCUCCCCCCCCCCCCCCCCUUUCAAGUGAUCAAUUGUGGAACCACCCUUACAGAUGUUUUAUUAUUUAUUUGUUGUGUUGCUGCUGCCGCCAGGGUUUUAUUUGCUUCCAUUGGUGCAUAUUUAUCACAUGUGUUAUGCAAAAACACUUUCUGUCUUUCACGUUGCUCAAUUUUCAGCAUAAUUAUUUUUUAGAAGUGUAAUAUUUAAAGUAUGAAUUUGAGUUAUUAUGUAUUUUAUUUGUUGAUAUAUGAGCCAGAAUGUGGUAUGCUCUUUAAAAAAUUAUUUUUUUAUUAAUCUAAUACUACUGAUAGCUUGGAUUUGUUUGAUGUUUUCAUUUGUGAUCUGUACAGUGGAAAUAAUAUAAUUAUUAUAUACUAAUGGGAAAAGGUUCCAGUGCAACAUAAUUAUACAGUUAUAUAAAAUUCAUAUUGGUAAAAUUCUGAAGUAAAAGGUCAUGGAAACAUUUGCUCUGACCUCCUCUUCAAUGUUCUAUUGAAUCCAUAUUGUUGGCUGUGAAUAGUUUUAAGGUUAGCUAAUCUGUGUUUUCAACUGACAAUAAUGCAAACUCCUUUAGCUGAGAAAAACUACAAAACUGUUAUUUACCAAAUACAUCGUUCAGAUGAAAAUGUUGUGAAUAAUUGGAGAAUGCUUGCGUGAACAUCUGAUAUCAUCACUGUUUUGACAGUGUUUUAUGGAUGUUUGGCAUCACAGAUGUUCUUCAGUGACCUGGGUCCAUGCUUAUAAAACUGUAGAGUCUAGUCUCGAAUCUCUAAUGAUGUUAUACGCAUGCAGUUUGUAUUGCAUUGCCAUGACAUUAAAGUCUUGGACUCUGUUGGAGUCUUCAGUAAUAGACUCUAAAUGUUUUAUAAAUCAUGAGGUCAGAAGUCGGAACUGGAUAAUAUAAUGUGAUAUUUAAUCUAAGCCACAGGGACAGGUUGUAUGGUCAGGUGUGAAUAUUUUGAAAUCACAUGAAAUGUUCCAAUAUUGCACUACUACUGUAUACAAGAUACAUUAUAUUUGAUUGAACAUUUAUUCAUAGCUUUGUUUAUUAGCACAACAUGUACAUGGUAUCACUGGACUGGACAUAAUGACAGUGUACAAAUUUACCAAUUAUUAAAAUUCUGUUUUUAAAAAACCCAAAACAAAACGAAUUCAAAUAUAACAUCUAAUAUUGUGGUUUUAUGUUUAUAUUAUGUUUUCAGUCAUAUAUCUUAAAAAAAAUAUUGUUAGUCUUGCUGCUCAAAUCCCCAUCAGUGCCCCAUAACUGCCAUAACAGCUGUUGUCUUAAUUGAUGUCUUGUUUGUGGACAGAUGAUUUUUUGGUUUAUUUUUUGCUGCAUUUUGGUGGGAAUAAUCUAUAUGCUGCAGCAUAUUUCCUAUGGCUGUAUAGACCAAAUGUCAUAACCGUAUGUUACAACGCCUUAAAUAGCUGGAGACUAAACGUACUUAGAUGUCAUAACCGUAUGUUACAACACCUUAAAAAGCUGGAGAUUAAAUAUGUGCUUAGAUGCCAUGAAACGUUCACAUUCGUUUUAUUACAUAGGUAUUAAAAUUAUAUAUAAGUUUGACCCUUUAAAAAAAAAACCCACACUGACAUACCUAAACCUUCAAGAAUAUAGCUCCAACAUUUUUUAAUGAAUUAUUAAACUGAUUUAUAUGCAUAAAUUGAUACAUAUAGUACCGGUAGCAUUUUAACUAUUGUAUGGACAUGUAUUGCUUUUUAUUUUUAAAUUUUUGUUUAUCACAUUUUGUUAUUUUUAUUGAAAAUGUUGUGUGAAAUGUUACCGAUCAUAAAGUACAAUAGAUGCAUUUUCAUAUUUACAUUAGUACUUAUACACGUAGCCCUGCCAAAUCAGUAUUAGUUGCUAUAUUUAAUGACAAGCUCGUCAUAUACUGCUGCCUUUGUUAGAAUAGAUACACUUGUAUGUUUUUGUCUUUCACUGCCACUGUACUGGGCUGCGGUAUAUGUAUAAUUUAAAUGUGUAAAAUAGGCCUUAGUUCAUGUUUAAUCAUUUGGAUAUAUUAGGCACUGUUUGUAGUUAUAUUGCAAUUUUUCUAAAUGAUAAAACAUGUAUAAGUUUUACUGACUGAAUGGGUUUUUUUACUUUCAUAUCACAAUUGUUUUUCAGUUUAUAACUAACAAUUUUGAAUAAGCUGUUACGAGAACUAAAAUCUGACAAAACAAAUAUUUCUUGACAAAGGGACAGAAUUUGUUUAAACACUUCUUAAAAAUAAUAUUAAAAUAAUGUGUUUAAAAAAAAUUAGUUUUAAUUUUUUUUUUUUUACUUCACAUAGAUUUUAAUAAAUGACUGGCAAGCAAUAUUUUAAGAUUAAUUAAAGUUACUGUCCCUAGUUUCAGAGGUACAUGUAACCAUCGUUUCUGUUUCAUAUAAAAUGCAUUUUGAGGUAUAACAAACACCAGGACACCAAAAGCACUGAAGUUGCCAAAAUUGAUCAUUUAAGAAAAAUGCUGUAAGUAAUACCAGUUAAUAGUAAAAAGUCUAUAAUGGCAGAAAAUGUUUUUCACUGCCAAAAAACAAAGUAAGUUUUCGUGAAAGUUGAUUUGGCUGUUAAUUUGUACAUAGUGUGUUGGUGCUUUAGAUACAUUUCCUAUGAAGACAUUUUCAAAUUUCAGCAUAUCCCAGUUGUUGUGGGUUGAUGUUUGUAAUGAUGUAAAUAUUAAAAAUGCACAUUU